AGAGAAGAGGUCGCCGCGAUAGUGCUUAUCGGUUAUCGCUGUGGGGGCGACAAAUUACGUAUAAAGUCGUUAAACUUUGGAUAUGCAAACAAACUACUGAUACACUUUAUGGCAAUAGCGAAGCAGACACAGGUCCCAUAUGUAUAACCGCUUAACGAGAGUGCUGGCCAAAUAUUUACCAGGCCAUAAAGCGUGUGACAAACCAAGAAGCCAGCGAUGACGAUUGCAGCUCCGUUGAAGGUUUCCUCGUGGAAAACAUGUUUAUGCAUAUGAAAGCCACCGCCACUGGCGAACUUUGAUAACGCGUUGGCGGCGAGAUUAUGCUGGAAAAUAUAUAAAAAUCCCAACCUGGCCACAACUCAGCACAGUUCCAUUCCAGCCAUUCACUCAAGAGGCAAUCCAAUCACUCAAAACAUAAGCGGUUUUUAAAAGCAACAAUGAAUCACAAAGUAUUUCUGGUCCUAGCUUUGGCUCUAUCGGUCUGCCAAGCGCUGCCCUAUGUAUCCUACGAUGAUGUGGAUGAUACGGAGGUCAUCGAGCUGCCUGGAGUCGAGGAGGCACCACCCACUCUGGGCAAGGACAUCAUCGAUCUGACACCAUUGGGUACGGCGCUCUUUGGCAAACCGGAUGAGCAGUUGACGGCGAAUCGUGUGAGCAACUUCAGUGCCAAUGCAGAUGAGAUGAAUCCUGAGGAGCUGGGCAGCUACCUGGAGGGUGACAUGCUGGUGCCGCAAACGGAUCUGAUCAUGAAGAACGGCCUGCCCACGCAGUCCUCCCGUUGGCCAAACGGUGUGGUGCCCUAUGAAAUCCGAGGUAACUUCAAUGCCAGGGAUAUGGCCACAAUCGAGAAUGCCAUUGCUGAGUACCAUCGUCGGACGUGCAUCCGGUUUGUGAAGCGCAGCUCGGAGAGGGAUUACAUCUCCAUACGCGGCGACAACUCCGGCUGCUGGUCCUCCGUGGGUCGAGUGGGCGGUAAGCAGGAGGUGAAUCUACAGUCUCCCGGCUGUCUCAGCCGUCCUGGAACCGCCAUGCACGAGCUGAUGCACGCCCUUGGCUUCCUCCACGAACAGAAUCGCAUGGAGCGCGAUGGCUAUGUGGCCAUCCAGUACAACAAUGUCCAGUCGUCGGCGAUGAACAACUUCGAAAAGGCCGCCCGCACGGAGGCCUUUGGGGUGCCCUACGAUUAUGGCAGCGUGAUGCACUAUUCCAAGAACGCCUUCUCCAUCAACGGACAACCCACCAUUCUGGCCAUGCAAGCCAACGGCGCCGAGAAAAUGGGCCAGAGGAAUGGUUUCUCUGACUUCGAUAUCCAGAAGCUGAAUCGCAUGUACGAUUGUGGAGCUGCCAACGCUGCUCCAGUUGCCCCGGCAUUACCCGCACCUGGUGCUGCUCCUGGCGCCGCUGCUGGCAGUGGCAAUCCCAUCGUCGAUAGCUUCCUUGGCGGCCUGAUCAGCGGCUUGGGCUUGGGCGAUGAGAAGAAGGAGGCCAGUUCCUAGAUAGAACUGAUCCGUAGAAUCUACUAGCUCGUAACAUCACCAACGCUCGAAAGUAUUUAACGCAUUCCACAUACCAAAAAACUAGCACCAAUGAAUCUAUAGCUAAUAUGUUUAGUUGUUAAUUAUAAAGAUA